GGGAGCAAUGAAUGAUAAAAAUAUAGGGAUCAUUCUUCGCUUCAGUCUGCCUCAAACCACUGUAGUUUUGUUGCAUUUCCCUUUCAGAACUGUUACAAAAGGUGACAGCCUUCCGCACAAAACAAAACCCAACAUACAACAAGGUGAACCUCCGACCAUACUUCUGCACAGUCUCCAUAUAAUCUUCACAUUUCACCCACUACUUCUGCGAUAUGGCUUCAAGGCCCGUUUAAUCCUUCAAUCUCCAAGUUUUAAGGCCUUUCAGCACCCAGGACUGUGCAAACUUUCAUGAGGUUUCGCUGGUUUUCCAGAAUGCUGACUGUGGAGAGCUCCUGUGUGGAUGUGGAGUCCAAUGGCCGUCGCCGUAGUGGCUCCGGCAGCACUGACGGGAGUCUGGGCUUCUCGGACUCUGAUGGGAAGGCGUGGCUCUCGCCGUCCGAUGAAUGUCGGUUUUCCGGUGGGAUCGAGGGGGGUUUGGGGUCCUCGUCAUCGGAUUGUGGGUCGGAGGUGGAUUUGGAGAGUGGGGUUUUGGCGGUGGAGAGGGAUUGUAGAAUUUGUCAGCUGAGCUUGGAUGCCAGUGAUCAAGAGACUGGAUUGGCUAUUGAGCUGGGUUGCUCUUGUAAGGGUGACCUUGGUUCUGCUCACAGGCAAUGUGCUGAGACCUGGUUCAAAAUUAAGGGAAAUACAACCUGCGAGAUUUGUCAUGCUACAGCGGUCAAUGUUGCUGGGGAGCAGAUUAAUGAGGCAGAAAAUACUAUUGCAGCAACCACAGCAGAACCAGUAGCACCUGCAAUACCUGCAGAGCCACAACGCACCUGGCAUGGACGCCGUGUCAUGAAUGUUCUGCUUGCCUGCAUGAUUGUUGUCUUUGUCAUUUCUUGGCUCUUUCACUUCAAUGUAAUAUCAUGAAUUACAUAGAAAAAUGAGUUUUUUCUUUUUUGCCCUUUUCCUUUUUGGUUUCUUUUUUGUUUGUAGAGGAUAACUGGCAAAUCUCAACUUCAUGGUGUCUGUAUUGGUACCUUAUACCAACCUUAAUUGAGUUGCCCCCCUGCAUUUCUUGCUUAGAGCUAGUUCUAUAUUUGUGGUUACCAUAAUUAUAGAAGCACAUAUACAUAAUCUUCAGCUUCUCUGAGCA